CGUAGAUCGUCCGCACGUGCCGUUUCUGUAGUUUGGUCGCGUGGCGCACGUGCCGAUUGUUAAUUGAACAAUGUUUAACAUGGAUCAUUUGGACUUGGACGCCGUUAAUCGGCAAUUUUUUUUCGACGCUCACCCCUACAUUUCCAGUAAUAAUAAUAACAGUAACAGUUCGACCGGGUCGUCGCACAGCAGUGAUUUGUUUUUGUACGACGAAAAUAGCAGUGAUUCGGCGUUGUCGAGUUUUUCGUUUAACAGUGAUCAGGAAAAUAAUGGGACAGAUUCGAAAGAACGAAUCCAUCGACACAGAAGAAAAAAUAAAUGCCCUCAACAACAAAUCCAACAGAGACAGGCCGCCAACCUGCGAGAAAGAAAACGUAUGCAAUCCAUAAACGACGCCUUCGAAGGGCUCAGAGCCCACAUACCGACGUUGCCCUACGAAAAACGAUUGUCCAAAGUGGACACUUUGAAGUUGGCCAUCGGUUAUAUUAAUUUUUUGGGCGAGCUGGUGAGAACCGACCGAAAUGCCAAUACGGAACAUUUCAAUGGACAUCGGAAGACGUCGCCGAAGGACGAGCCUAAAAAAAUUAUUGUUAGAGGUGCCGGCGGUCUUUACACUGCCCAUUCUCUAUCGUGGUCUAGAGAAAAACAACCCAACUCGAACGGUACAAUGCACGCCAAAGUUUGGGUUCCCGAAGAUCCUAGAACGAACAAAGAUGGUUCUAGUUCCUCAUUUGUGUCUGAAUGAGAUACCUAAUAUCAAUAUUUAUAUACCUACUCUUUUCUAGUCAUUUUGAGUGAUUUUUUUAUUUUAUUUUUCAAUAAGUCAUCUUACCUUCGCUAUGUUGUUUGUUCCUAUUUACUAGGUAUUAUUAUUAUUUUAACUCUGUAUUAAUUUAUUUUGUAUUUAUGAUUCAAC